GAGGCCAGCCACACAGAAUACAGUGACAUUUCAGCAACACAGGGAUCUGACUGACCUAACACAGGAGUGAAAACUCUCAGAAGUGUGAUACUGAAGAGCAAAGACCAGAAGAGUGAAAUCAAGAUCGUACUGGUUGAAUAGGAUGGACUAUGCCAAGAAGUCUCUCAAUCUGUUCUCACCUUCUUCUCUAUCCAAUAUAUCUCACAGAUGUGUAUCAGCCAGUGCUUCUGUCCUCCCAAGUUUCAGCCCCCGCCCCAGACCCUUCCGGGUCAUCAACUCAGACCGCUCCAUAAAGAAAGGCAUCAUGGCAGAUGGACUGAGAGAUCUACUGAACAAGACAAUGGAUGCCUUUCAUGUGUCCUGCAUAGCUGGUCUGGUGCUUGAUGAGGAUGGGACAGGAGUGGAUACAGAGGACUUCUUCCAGACCCUUAAGGACAGCACUGUACUCAUGGUCCUGGAGAAAGGAGAGAAGUGGACACUGCAGCAGAUCAGUCGGUCUGAGAGUCAUGUUGGAGAGCGCAAGACAAAGCACAGGAAGGACCUGGCCAAACUGACCCUUGACUUUUACAAAAACCAUCCUAAAGAAUUCAUUGGCUGCCUGAAUGUCCAGAUGACCCUGUAUGGGAUGUACUCCAUGUCAUAUGAUCUGCAGUGUUACCAUGCCAAGAGGAUGCUGAGGGAGGCCCUAAGAUGGACUCUCUUCAGCAUGCAGGCCACAGGCCAUAUCUUACUGGGUACCUCAUGCUAUAUGCAGCAUCUUAUUGAUGAGGACGAGAAAGCUGAGGCACAACUGGCUGCAUGCGAACACAUGAACAAGCCAUUACAGGCUAUCCAAUGGAAGAAGACGGCAGCUGACCACAAAAACUAAUAGCUUGAGUUUGGACAAGCCCAUGGGAUAAAGACUUUUGCCCAGAAGCUUUUGCUUUUUGGAAAGGAAACCAUUGUAGCAUCAUGUUACCCAUGUUACAGAGUAUAGCUAUAAUGGCAGGACCAACUGUGGUGUGAAAAUAACCAGAACUCCACAGUGUUUCAUAUAGCAUGUUGACCAUAUAUGGGGACGCAUAUCAAAGCAGUUUUUGAUGUCUUAUUAUCCUGUAACUCCAGCACAAUGGAGCUGAAAUGAAAUCGUAACUAUUAUUUAAUGGCUAAGAGAACUAAGAAAAGGUCUAUCUAGGGAUAGAAAGUUGAUUCUAGCCUUUUGCACCACAAACGUAGCCAAGUUAGUAAGCCUGCAUUCACAAAACAAUUUGAUAACCCUCAAAAAAUACAAUGACAAGCAUAGCUGGUUUAGUUUAGAUUUGAGUUAGAAUCUCAUUCAUAAAAGCAAAAACUACUGACGGUAGAUGCUCUUUUACAUAAAAAGCAAGCAAAAAAUAUUUUAAUCAAAUCACUCACUGUCCUGCUAUAUCAUGACAGCUGAAUUUUACGGCUGUUUUUUUUUUGUGAGCUGACUACAGCAAUUAGUUAUUAAAUCAUUUUUUUGCCCUGCACCAUAUCCUAUAGGCUGAUGUAUGGGUACACCAUAGUAUGCUGCACCAAAAGUUAAACUUUGGGGAACUUUUAUAAUGGACAACAGAGUGUAAUGUUCAUGCACUGUCAUGCCACUGCAUUGGCAUCUGCUAUCUGUCAGCACACUAUUCACUAUUAAAUUAUUUCACUGAAAUCAAUGGCACAAUGUACAUUUUUACAGAUACAAAAUCAUCUAUGUGAAUAUAGCCUAAAGUAGGGUAAAAAAUCUGACUAAAUCUGUCACAGCCAAAACUGUCCUGUGUCUUGUUAACAAGCAAGAAUGUACAAUUUUGCUACCCACACUUGAUACUUUUAGGUACAUAUAUAUGUAUUUUUUGUUUAGAAAAUGUGUUUCUGUAGAGCUAUUAAUAUUUAUUCACAUUUCUGAAUGCUGAACAUUUCUGCUGUCUCAUUUUUAUACUGUAUAUUAUGCCUGUUCUUUUUCCAAGUAUUUGUAUUAAACAUUAAGUUUUAAUGCCUCUGGGGAUGUUGCUCAACAUUCAGGUCUCAGUAUGG